AAGCAAAACAUCACAACACCAACAAAGCUGGUGAUGAUGACUAAUGCCAAAGCAAAGUCCUCUCUUUCUUUUGAGUUGAGACUUUAGAGGCAAAACCAAAGGCACCUCUUUUUUCUUUGAUCAAAGGCAAAACAAAACCACCACUUCCAGUGCAGUGCUCAGUACUGUGUGUUCGUGACAUCAUGGACUUCGACUUCGACUUCAGGUCUAGUAUUCAUUCUGCCAAGCACCUCUCUGCUGUCCAAGCUACUACACUUCACUCAGAUAAUUAUUCUGCGAUCCAUUACACAGAUGUGGAUAAUGAUGGCCGAUCUAAUUUCCGAUGUCCUUUCUGUGAUUUUGAAAUUGAAGUUUCUGUGCUCUGCAGCAAUUUGGAAGAGGAGCAUUGCUCUGCCCUAAAAAAUGUGGUUUGUCCUGUGUGUGAAGAAAACUUAGGGAAGGAUGCAAUUCCUCAAUUUAUACAUUCAAACUCACGAAAGUGCGCUUGGAAGUCUGAGAAAUCUAGCAUCUGGUAUGGUAAUUCAGCAAUGCUUGGCAAGAAACUGGCUGCCACAGGAAACAAACAAGAAUCAAUGCCUGAUCCGCUUUUGUCACCAUUUAUCUGCAACAUGCCUUUUCAAAACCGUAAUGAUAUCCACCUUGGUGAAGACUACAGCUCCAGCAAGAAGGAUAUAAACAUCACCGAUGCAAAAAGGUCUGGAACAGAUGAACCAGAUAUGGGUGAUGAGCAGGAUCAACAAGAGAGAAGGCUAAGGGCAGCUUUUGUUCAAGAGUUGGUAUUAUCAACUGUAUUCGAGGAAACAUAUUCGUAGAAUUUACAGUGACACAAUUGAUAGCAGCUCCUUACAUGGCCUUUUGAUGCUAGUUAAACAGGCACUGGUUUUUAUUGUGGUGCAUGAGUUUAGGGGGUGAAGUAGUCUACGCUAUAGUUACUUAAAUUGA